UGGAGAAACGACUUUGACCGCGACGCACAAGGUACAAAGUCACUGGUGAAGCAGCCAGUCCAGCUUUGAGCUGCCCCGCUCUAUAAAUCGCACUUAAACCCACCCUGGCGGUGGACUGAGUCCAGGAAAACUGGAAGAAAAUUUGGGAUUUUAACGGGCAGAGAACCAUCAUAUUAAAUCGUCACACAGCGCUAGAUUUGCACGAGUGUUGGACAGCUGCAGCCGACUUCAACUUCUUUGUCAGGUUCCGUAAAUAAUGGUCAAUAAACUUGGACCCGAUAUUUAACCUUCAACCGUCUUCCGUUGCUCUGGGCUCAUCUGCACAUUUGCAAGAUGAAUUCGUUUAUUCUGUCAACAUUAAGCGUGUUAUACACAUAAGUUCAGUAAAUUACUUUCUGAGCUGGCUUCUGUGCAGUGACACCAACAUGUCACUUACCAUAAAGCUAGUUGUUAGGAAAUUAGUUUCUAUCUGCACGUCCUGAUAUGGAAUUGUGAGUAAAAUUGGGACACGCCCGCAAGCAAUAAUAGGCUACCCAAGCUUUUUAGAAAUCCUGGCAACAGUGCAAUACUUCUCUGAUCCCCCUCCUGGGAUUGUGGUCUGUUCAAACAGAACUGUUGAGAAGACUUGUAGUGUGGCAAUCAAAAAGGACAACCUUUCGAACAGCUGCAACAACUCUGGCAACUAGAGUGAACCUUGUUUUCUGGAAGCGAUACUGUCUGGAGUUGAUGAAUGUCACUGUCCGUAUUGGUGUCCUCGCCAUAGCGGAUGUAAUAUUUGUUCCUCUUAAAAUUGACAGUAUUUCAGAGGGACUCCUUGAAAGGUGACCAACAUAAACUAUUCUUAACAACUUGAAGCGCGUUUUUGUACCCAGUGGCACAGUGGACACUUGGACUAGGUAUCAUUUUCCUUGUCCGGGGUUUAUGCAAGCCAAGAGUAGGCUAUGGCAUCUUCAUGGGAAAACUGGAUUUGGCUACUAUGGAGACGGACUUUAGUUCCCUCUCUCCUCGUGCUUUGGGUCACCUGUCUCGGGACACACGGAGGAGAGGAUGGAGCUUUUAAUGCAGAGUCAUGGCUGCGGAUGUAUGGCUACCUACCUCAGGCCAGCAGACAGAUGUCCACCAUGCGGUCAGCUCACACCCUUUCCAAUGCCGUCAGCGACAUGCAGCGUUUCUACGGCCUGCAGGUCACCGGCGCGAUGGACCACGGCACGGUGACAGCCAUGCAGAGGCCGCGCUGUGGAGUCCCAGACAAGUUUGGGGGUCAGAUCAAGACCAACGUUCGGCGGAAACGUUAUGCACUCACUGGCCACAAAUGGAACAAGAGCCACCUCACCUACAGUAUACAGAACUACACACCAAAGAUCGGGGAGUACAACUCGUAUGAGGCCAUCCGUAGGGCCUUCAAGGUGUGGCAGAAGGUGACCCCGCUGACCUUCGAUGAGAUCCCCUACCAGGAGAUCAAAUAUGGCCGCAGGAAGGAGCCUGACAUCAUGAUCUUCUUUGCCUCGGGUUUCCACGGAGACAGCUCACCCUUCGAUGGCGAGGGCGGGUUCCUGGCCCACGCCUACUUCCCUGGUCCUGGUAUGGGCGGUGAUACUCACUUUGACUCUGAUGAGCCGUGGACCAUCGGCAAUGGGAACUUGCAAGGUAAUGAUCUGUUCCUUGUUGCUGUACAUGAGCUGGGCCAUGCCCUGGGCCUGGAACACUCCAACAACCCAAUGGCCAUCAUGGCUCCUUUCUACCAGUGGAUGGAAACGGACGACUUUCAGCUGCCCGAGGAUGACCUCAGAGGAAUACAACAGAUAUAUGGUCAGCCAGACGGUACACCCACCCAGGCUCUUCCCACUGUCACUCCUCGCCGGCCAGCCCAGCCAGACCCCAAACCCCCCAACUCUCCACCCAACUCUCCCCCCAAGUCACCCCCCAACUCUCCACCCAACUCUCCCCCCAAGUCACCCCCCAACUCUCCCCCCAACUCUCCACCCAAGUCACCACCCAACUCUCCUCCCAACACUCCGCCCAGAUCUCCCCCUAACUCUCCCCCCAACGCCCCACCCCGGAAGCCAGACAAUCCCCACACGACUGACCGCCCGGACCACUACGGCCCAAACAUCUGUGAAGGAAACUUCGACGCGGUCACCAUGCUCAGGGGAGAGAUGUUUGUGUUCAAGGGUCGCUGGUUCUGGAGGGUGCGGAGGAACAGGGUGCUGGACAACUACCCAAUGCCCAUUGGUCACUUCUGGAGGGGACUGCCUGGGGACAUCGAUGCAGCCUACGAGAGACACGAUGGGAAAUUUGUCUUCUUUAAAGGGAAUAAGUACUGGCUGUUCAGGGAGGCAAACCUGGAGCCUGGUUACCCCCAGGAGCUGACAGACUACGGCAGGGACAUCCCCUAUGACAGGAUAGAGACAGCCAUCUGGUGGGAACCAUCAGGUUUCACAUACUUCUUCAAAGGAGACUGGUACUGGCGCUUUAAUGAACAGUCCCGUGCAGUCGACAAGGACUACCCCAAGCCAAUCAGUGUGUGGGGCUCUGCGGUCCCGUCCUCUCCCAAGGGGGCUUUCCUCAGCGAUGAUGGAGCUUAUACAUAUUUCUACAAGGGAUCCAAAUACUGGAAGUUUGACAACCACAGGAUGAAGAGUGAGCCGGGCUACCCUAAAUCCAUCCUGAGGGACUUCAUGGGCUGCAGUGUGGACCUGGACCCAGACAGAGACGGGGACACCGACGCAGGCCGCAAGGUCCCCGACGUGGAUCGCCCGCCCUUCAACCCUGAUGCAGGCCGGGACAAAGACAAGGAGAAGGACAAGGAGCGGGACAAGGAUCGAGACCGCACCAACGAUGUAGACUAUAAGGACGAGAGAGAAGAGGAGACCAACGAGGUGGACGUGGUGCUGAAGAUCGAUGAGAGCGAGACGCGCACUAUGAACAUCAUCAUGGUGACAGUACCCCUGGUCCUGGUGCUGUGCAUCCUGGGACUGAUCUACGCCAUCAUCAACACACUGAAGAGGAAAGGAGCUCCCAAACUGCUGGUCCACUGCAAACGCUCCAUGCAGGACUGGGUGUGACCUCUGACCCACUUAAUAACCCCCCACCUGAAUCCUAUCCUCGUUCCUCCAUCUUCUCAUCCAAAACAUGGUAGUAGAGACAUAAGUGCAAAUACGUACACACAUAUGCAUACACACACUCACACACACAGCACACAUAAACACAUACUCCUAACUCGUCCCCUCCCAUGGUGCUCUCCCCAAUGAGUUGACUGUAGUCUAUUUAUAUCAGAACGUUUGCACAUUGUUUUUUGUUUUUGUUGUUUUGUUCAUAUUGUGUGUGAGUCUCUUUUUUUUCUAAACCAGGAAGUGUCUGCAUUAUUCUCUCUCUCUCCGCCCCAUUACAGGGGGUUUCUCUGAGAAAACUUCCAUCUGGUUCUUGGAUUAACCUUUGAAAGGGAAACAGAGACAAAACAGAGCGAUAGAGAGAGACGGCAGCGCAGAAUGAAGGGAGUGAAGGAGGUUUGAUUCUGUGAAAAGCAGAGAGCCCCCCCCUUCCACUCCUCCUCCCUCCCUCCCAUCUCCUCCCUCACUCAGGACUCCUUCAGCUGAAGCAGGCCUACUGCAGGUCAGGUAUCAACAGGAGAGAGAACAGUGUAAACAGUGUCACUUUUUGAACUGCAACUCACCCAAUGCUUUUUAUCACUACACCUUCCAUGUUGAACAGCCACUAACUGAACUUUUGGUUUUCUCAUCUGUUUUUAAUUCAAGGGCACCAUGGAUGAUAUUGGAAAUGUUGUCCAUACUUUAUAGACAACUUUCACAAACGUUUGAGUUAUUCAACCAAACAUGGUCCCGUGGUGCCUCUUUCAUUUCAAACCUUGUUUCGGUCCUAUUAAACCGUGGCAAUGAGAGUUUGAGUUGUUAUGAUAGGGAAGGGUUGGAAAAGAAAGGCGCUUCUUUCCCAAAAAAUGUAAGACAAAGGCAAUUCACUGUGAAAUGACUGUGUGGGACUUGAGGGAGCAGUUGCGGUACUGAGGAAGGAGAGAGACAGGGUAUUGAAUGAAUAUCCACUGGGCAAAAUCUGGUUGAAUCAAUGUUGUUUCCACGUCAUUUCAAUGUGAUGAUGUUGAAUCAAUGUGGGAAACUGAUUGGAUUUGCAAAAAGUUAUCAACGUAAGGGAAUCUAAUUUUCUAAUUUUCCCACCAAACGUUUAACCUAAAUCCAAUCCAGCUAGCACAUUGGGAACGAAGCCAAACAUUUUUUAAACGUUCUGAGAAUGUAAGUGAACAUUUAGCCUGUUCUGGAAACGUUCAUUUUUAGGUUGCUGGGAGGUUGCGAGAACAUUUUACUAUGGUUCCCUGAAAGUUUUCCUGUGAGGUUUUUUGUUCAUGUUCUGAGAAUGGAAAUUAUAGGUUAUUUGAAGGUAAUUAAAUAAACUUCUGGGAAUAAUACUUUUAAUACCACUGCUAGCUUAGGUUAACUGUUUUGAACUCCAAGCACAGAUAGGACACAUGUUAAUUCAUCUUCUUAUGAUUAGGAACUUAUGAUCUUCUGCUCUCUAUCCAUGGAAUUAGUCCAUUGAUGCUGAGAACGGAGUGUAUAUGUUUUUAAAUAACAUUCUUAGAACGUUCUUUGAACGUUACUAAUAUUUUCUUGUGGUUUUUAUGGAACAUUUUCUUAAUGUUUCUGAGAACAUGACUUUAAAUAGAACCACGAGAAAACCUGUAGAAAAAGUCCUUCAGAAGUACCGAAAUUCUCACAGAAGAACUUUGUUUCGUUUCGUUCUCUGAUCGUUCUGAGAACAUGGCUUUAAAUAGAACCAUGAGGAAACCUAUAGCUAAUGUUAUGAUGCAGUACUGAAAUUCCAACCUAAGAAACAUGGUUAUCAGAACGUUGUGUGCUAGCUGGGUACCCCGCACCAUUCCCAGAACAUUGUGAGAAGGUUUUAUGCAAAAAUAACCAUAGGACAACCACGCUCUCACCAAGCUCUAAGAAACAUAUGGUUCUCAGAACAUUAUGUGCUAGCUGGGAAUGACAUGCUGAAAUGUUUUGUUGAUUUCAUGUUGAAUUGAAGUUAGUUGACAACUCAACCAAAAUUACAUCAAAACUAGAGUUUGAAAUCAUGUCUGUGCAUAAGAGAUUGACUAAUGCUUUUAAUCUGAGAAAUAUUUGGAACAAAUGAUACUUCAGCCUCCCCUGAAAUGUAUUAAUAAAUAUAAUUCAAGUAAUGUACCACACAAUGAGCCCUCUCUCUGUAAUACCCUCUCCCCUAGAUUUAAAUAGAUUGGAGGGCCUCUCUCGCUCUCUCUCUCGCUGAGCUUGUUCUAGAGAGUUAGUCCUCUGAACAUACAGCUAAUCCUCUCAUUUAAAAACAGCAGGUGUUUUUAAAUAUUGUUCAACCCCAGCCUCGAGUCUUAAGCCUUCUCUGUACCAAAGCAGGCUUCUUUUCAUUUUCUGAGAGGUCCAAACAGAGAGACAGACUUUACCAGAGAGGGAGAAGGGGGACAAGAGAGGUUGUGAGAGGCUAGAGAUCUACUAAAAGAGUUCAAACACAGAAACCUUAUCUGUUAAGUAUUAGGGAAGGCUUACGGUCUGUUCCUGGAUUGUGUUACCCAGAUGUUGGUGAUUGUCGGAAGGGGUUGGGAAGGCUGCAGGGCAGGUUGAGUGAGAGACCAGAGGUCCCUUCCUACAGCUGAGUAGGGCAGUGGGAGGAGUGAGGGAGAGGAGCUCACUGGGGACCCUUAUUGGCACUGUGUCAUACUGUAUGACUCACAUUCACUAGCUCCAGAGAAGGAACUGUGGAGUCUAUUCUGAUACCAAAAGGAAAUAGUAGCAUGCAGUGUAUGUGACCUCUUUAUUUCUCACAUUGUUAUGUAUUCCCUAUGCUCUUCUCUUCGACCAUUAAGGCCCAUGUACAGUACACAUACGUCAAGUAGAUUUGCUAGCAGCCCUCUAAAGAUACUGAGAAAGGUGUUGCUGUAAAGUAGAGAUAGGUCAUUUUAUACUCAUAUACCUGACAGGUUUCGCUGUUUACCAUCUGUCAAACAGUAGUUGUAAUGAGCAUGUCUGUCUGAGGCAUUGACGGGGGUAGGGGGGGGGUGUAGAGAGGAUGCCGUGAGAUGCUCCCAUAAUACCACUGAGAUGGCGGAUGGCCAGUUAAAAGGGCUAUUAUAAAUAUUCUUGACAGCGGAGAGGAAUCACAGUCAUGAGACGUCCUGCGUGUGUCAGUGAUGGAUCCCGCUCGAUGGGGUUGCUAGGAGACCAACUCCGUCCCAUUGCCCUCUCAUUGUGCUGCGAGGUUGAGAGAGGAGUUAAUCAGAGGUAAAAGCCUUCCCUCUCUCUUCAACCCCCUGCCUCCCCCACCCGUCCCCAUCCACCCACCCAUCCUGUCCAAAUCAAUGGGAACUCACCAUCAGCAGGCCUAGAAGGUAUCUGGACACACUCAAAAAAUGCUCACUCAUUGUCUGAGACACAGUCCAUGCCUUACUCGCUCUCUCUUUAUCUGGGAUAGCUCGUAUCUUUGUGCCUGUAUGGCGUAGACUAUCUCUGCGAGUUCCAGGCCGUAGUGGCCUAUGUGGCUGUUUGUGUUCCCAGUAUGUCUAUCUCUUAGUGUGGAUUUAUUUUACAACUGUUUCUCGGUGUGUCUGAGACGUCUCCCCAAUAAGACACUGUAGUCCCCAACCGAUGCCUGCCUAAGAACUAGCUCGAGCAGAUGCAACAGAAAUGUGGGAAAUUUCACAAAGGAUAUGCCUGCUUGAAGUAAACUAGAGCCUUUAAAAGAGCACUCUGGGAUUGAGUCCAAGACUGCUUAGUUUUGUUGAACUUUUUUUUUUCUCAUGCAAUGCAAAAUACAGCAAUGAAAAAUACAGUUAUGAAAUAUUAUGUCAGGGAAUGAUUGAGGUAUCAACACUCUGUGUGUAUGUGUUUUGUGUGGGUAUGUAUAUUUUUGAGUGCUAUUACUCUGUAGUCUCCUUAUAGCCUUAUAGUAAUAACUUCUUCCUCUCGCUCUCUGUUGAACACCACUCUACUCUUCUGUGCUGGUCUGGUCUGAAGCCUCUCUGAAGCCCGUCUAGGCCCAGUCUUGGCCCCAGGGGGACUGUAACAAUGGGCUCUCUCACAAAGUGCAGCAUUGUCCUCCAUGCUGUCAUUGCUCCAGCUCAGAAGGAAGGCAGGCUGAGCCCUAGGCCAGGAUCGGGAAGCUUCCUUUCUUUCUUCCUUCCUUCCUCCCACAAUCCCACUCUGUCCCAACCCCACAGCUCUGUCCUGGUCAGGGAGGGAGCAGAGCAGCCAAGGCAGUCUGAUGUUUUAUAUCCAAGAUAGAGAGGAACACAGCAGACUAUGUUCAUUCUAUAUAUUCCAUUAGUUGUUGUUUGUGGCCAGUGCAUUUCACAGGCAUCCUGUACAGUUGCUUCAUAUCAUGUCUCACAGUUAACCACUAGCUUGACAAAAUUGUUUUGUUAUUCAUUGCAAACAACAACCACACAGGAUGCCAAACUGAUCUUUAUAGGGAGAAAGAGAGAUAUGUUAGAAAGAGGACAUGGAAGACAUGUCAACAGAAAGGGGUUCAGUUUGAUCCUUGCUUUCAAUUUCUCAGUCCUCUGUUAGAUGUUUGUCAGAUCCAGAGGUUGGUGGGAAGAUGAUCGAUGCGCUUUGACUUGAGUCUCGAUGCCUCAGCUCCAGACACACUCAGUGGGUGUGCAUCCCUAUCCCAGAGCGCAUCUCACCUUACUCACUCAGCUGAGCCUGAACAACUGAAACCACAUGCUAUUAACUCUCAACUGACAUACGGUAGACUGCUCCUCCCAGAUCCUUGGAAAACCAGGCAACUAAACACCUACCAGGUUAUGGCAGCGCAGCGUUACAUCGCGCAAAUGUUUUAAAAACGUUACAGAAAUGUUGUGUGAAAGUUACUACCCGGGCAAUGCUUCAGUGAGUUCGUUUUUUUUUCAAACCUCACCACGCCUAUUAACAUUGAUGGGAUGAAAAUAAAAAGUUAAUUUGUCUGUAUGAUUAUCAUGAUUAUUUGUAAUAUUAAUUUAGAAUUUUUCUUUGAACUCCGUAUGAUUCUUUUUGUACUUUGAAUAACAUUCCGUAUGUGUUUUUAUUUUAUUUUGCUGUAGAAAGUGAAGAUUUUAUACAUUUGUGUUGUGUGUUCACCUCUUGUUGAGUGUGUUGACUAUCCAUGCUGGACAUGUACACAAUAAAAUGCUCUAAAAACAAAGAA